CAACGUGCAGUAGAAAUUAAUUUAGUUCACUUACGGAGGCUACGAUCAUGUGCCAGUGGCGUUUUCCCUUUGAGGACAGCUAAGGAUGUGAAUGCACACCAGAAGGGGCAGUCCUGUUGUGAUAAAGUACCUGGUCCUUUCAACAUGAAGAUAUUUUUCUACGAAGACAGAAAUUUCCAGGGUCACUCCUAUGCCUGUAGCACAGACUGCCUGGAGCUGAGUUCCCAUUUCAGCCACUGCAACUCAGUCAGAGUGGAGAGUGGGGCAUGGGUGCUGUACGAGAGGCCCAACUACAUGGGCUCGCAGUACGUCCUGACCAGGGGAGAGUACCCCGACUACCACCGCUGGAUGGGCUAUAAUGACACCAUCAGAUCUUGCCGCCUAGUCCUAAAUACCUCUAACAUGUAUCGCAUCCGGAUUUAUGAGAAUGCCGACUUCCAGGGUCACGUGACAGAGCUCAACGAAGACUGUCCCUCUGUGUAUGAUCGCUUCAGUCGCUCGGAGGUCCGCUCUUGUAACGUGAUGAACGGAGCCUGGGUCUUUUAUGAGCAUCCCAACUACCGCGGCCGCCAGUACCUGCUGGAGCGUGGCGAGUACCACUGCUGCACAGAGUGGAACGCCAUGCACCCCACCGUGGGCUCCUUCCGACGUGUUCAGGACAUUGAUACGCCUACGCCUCCCAGCAGCAGAUCUCACAACUGAGAUUGAGAUAACUCUCGUUGUGUCAUUACAUUGCAGAAAAUUCUGAGCACAGAUAAAUGUCACUGUUUGCCGAUUACUU